AUGAAUUUUCUGUGUAUUUUAUCGAUUGCGAUCGCGGUGGCGGUAGAAAUUCCACAGAUCGACGAUCAAUCCGAAAAUCCAUAUGAGCGAGUGGCUUACGGCGAGGAUUAUGAUCACGAGAAGUAUGAGUACGUGGUAAUGCUAUUGGGAGAGGAUGAAGAAGAUUCAUCGGAGUAUACAUCACUAUGUUCGGGAUCGUUGUUAUCGCCAAUAGCGGUGUUGACCGCCGCUCACUGCACCUAUGGCAUGACCGCAUCCAAGCUUACCGUCGUAGUUCCUAAAACUGCUUCUGAAGCGGUUCGUUACGUAAGCGUCCAGAAAAUAUAUCAACAUCCAGCGUACAAUAAAUUCAUAAAUCACGCUGAUAUCAGUUUGUUGAAAGUAAACAAUAGUAUUUCAUUUUCUCCCAAUACGAAACAAAACAUGUUAUUUGAACACAUUACGAAUUUAUGUUGCAUUUACUCAUUUGAAAUAUCUGUGUAUACAUUAAACGGUGGAGUUAUUAAACAUGCAUCUAUUUGUACUCAAAUUAUGCGUUCGGUGAAAUUCUAAUUCGAAGAAAAAUGAAUGUAUAACAUAUACAACAUGUACAAUAUUUCCGAUGCAUGUAUCGUACAUUAUUGCACGGGUUAAUAUAAUUGCAACACACACACACAAUAUGGAUAAUACUCUUGAUAUGCAUACUGCGAAUGAGAACAGUACAAGUUUAGGGAUGAGAAAUUUCCAUUGAUAAAAGUUUAAUUCGCUACUGUUACUCGCCAAUUAUUUUGUUGUUAUUCAGCCGGUGGUGAAAGUCGGCCAAACGGAAUCC